CGCAUCAUUGGUCAGGUUUUUCCAGAGUGUUGGUCGUUCAACUUGACUCUAAAGAACCACUUCAUCGAGCCCACAAGCUGGAGGAAACAGCUUGCUUGCAAAGCAAACAUUUCCUGACGAGCAGAAGAAAGGUCGUGUUCAGAAACACGUCAUUGUACUUAUGCUAGCCAGCUUGAAUCGUCUGAAAUGAGUGCAUCUUGCCUGUUCCUCGGCGCUGCCGUUCAUCCACAAUACGUUGAGGACAAUGAGAGAGAAAAGCAAUGGCGAAUGGUCAGCGCUGUGCAGUCGGAUAUAGAAAGCAUGUUCAAUUUCGCUGCUAGCCAUUCAGAUAAACAAUAUCGAAGGAGAGGAAGACCGAAUUACAUUCACGAUGUGCAAGUUAGCGGCGUGCUUCUCAACCAAAACCUCUACGACGAGCUCGAGGAUCCCAUAGCACAAGGGCAGCGUCAGAAGCAAGGUGCAAACCAAUCGCUCUAUGAGAAGAUGGAUGACAGGAACCGUUUUCAGCCCUAUACAAAUUUAAAACAGGUACGUGAUUCCAUUCAAAACUUCCUGGCCGGAGAGGAGGAGGAUUAUUCCCCCGACAAUCUCAUUCUCUUCAUGACUGGACACGGAGGCCAGCACAAGCCUGGCAGAGUUGUGGAGGAGUAUUUCUGUCUACCGAAACCAGGCUUGUCAGCCAAUGACUCUGCAUUGUACACAGACAGCAUGUUGACAGAGGACAUCACAAAGUAUCUUCCCGCUGAAAAAACUCUGUACUUGAUCAUACAUAGUUGCCAUUCAGGCGGGAUGGUGAACUUUUGGAAACUGGACCCCGAAAACGAGAAAGUCGCGUUGUUUGCUAGUGCCGAGGCGGACAUCUGGGCAGAAUGGAAUGCCGAUGACACACCUAGUUUCGUUCAAUCCUUCUGCAAACAUGCAGAGAUUGGCAAGCAGCUCUGCAGUAUAGCCGGAGACAUCUACCAGGAGCUGUACAGCGUUCCCGAAAUUCGGCCUGCCUUCAAAACAACAAAACCAGAGAUGGCAACCGACCCUUUUCUAGAGUAGAUUAAGGCACUCUUUAAAUUAAAAGGACUCUCUAGCCUUCGGCCAGUAAUCGCGCAAUUACGUAGAUCUGGACCCUGCUCAAUAGUGUAGCAUUGUUUUCUCUAGUUCGUGCUUUUUUUGUUUUUGCUGUUUUACGUAUUCUUAGUUUCUGUUUACAUUACAUUAAUUUUUAGAAUCUGUUUAUAUUUUCAGCAACGAACUAGCCCUGUGAAUACUAUUGCGUUUUUAUUGUUUACCUUUUUACAUGUACUUCUGUUUAUUUUUAUUUUGUUGUUCUCGGCGUUCCAAAGUCUCAGCGUGAAUCAUUAAUGCACAAUUUACAUCUUUCAAAGCAUUCGUCUAGGGAUUGAGUUUGAAUCUUUUACACAACCUUGUUACAUCUGCCUUGAGUUUCUUUGGAUUAGACUUUCUCAAAUUUUCAUUUUGAUUUCAUCGUCGAGUUUCAUCCCUUGUAUCUUUGGUGUUCUUCCUUCUUUCCAUGCCGUAUUGUUUGAAUAAUCCCAUUUUGAAAGCCUUGAAAUGGUGCCACAGCUGCACUGUGUGGAAUCUGUGUAACACUGCCGUGUACAUGUACUUUUAAAGCACCUGCAUGUGCAAUGGCCUCACCCAGUAAGCACUACUUGCAAUUUAGUUGCAAACGUUCGUAUGUCUUCCACUUUCGUUAGUCACCUGGUGGUCAUCUGAGUUCUACGUAAUGUGCGACCUUUGUCAAGCCCCAUAAUACUGCAUAUUUCAGUUGAUUUGUUGAUGCUACCAUGAAGCUACAUGUAGCUCCAAUGCAUGUGGAUAUACAUGUACAUGUACAGAUAAUAAUGAUCAACACGUUUAGACUAUUUUAAUAACAGGGUGACAACACCAUAGUAUUGCAGCCUUCCCAUAAUUAUGGCAUUCAAUUGACCGUAACUUUGGUGUCUCUCAAUGGAUUUGAGUGACAUUUUGACCACACACUCCU